AUGCCUUGUGCCCCUCAGCCAGCCAUGUCGGGAUCUGACCCUACCCAUCAACUGGUCAACACCAGCUAUGGAACCCACCUGUGCCUUGACCCCAGCCACCAGCAGGCUGACACCAGCUCUGGGGCCCCUGACCCUGCAGCUGCCACCCUGAGGACCAGGUUCUAUCCUCCCUGCCCCAAAACAAAAACACCCAAACACGUCUCCACAUCCAGCCACUUUGUGACCUGGUUCUACCUAUCAAAGCAGGCUUGUGGUGAUCCACCAAGAUUUAAAACUAUGAUGCUCCAAGGGGAGCCUAAACCCAAUUAUCGUCCUGGGGAAUGUGUGCAAUAUGAGUGUCGUCUAGGUUUCAAGCCCAAGCUUCCUGCUCUCCCCAGAUCUGCUGUUUGUCAAGAUAAUAAUACAUGGUCAUCUCUCCAGGAUGCCUGUGUAGAAAAAUCAUGUCCUAAUCUAGGAGAUCCUGUGAAUGGCUACGUUAACUUAGUGAAUGGAAGUGUUCUGUUCGGUUCACAGGCUCACUUUGCUUGUAAUCCAGGUUUUUAUCUGAUUGGAGCAAAAAUUAUAUAUUGUGAAAUCUCUGGAGAUAAUAUGAACUGGAGUGAUAAUCUCCCAAUUUGUGAAAUAAUUCUGUGUACAACACCUGGAAAUAUAACAAAUGGAAGAUUCACCCAUUAUAAGGAAGUAUAUCAAUACAGUGAAGUAGUAAUAUAUAGGUGUAAUCCUUCAAAUGGACCAGAUGAAUAUUCUCUUAUUGGAGAAAACACCCUUAUUUGUGUUGAUCAUAACAGAUGGAGCAGUGACCCACCAGAGUGUAAAGUGGUCAAAUGUGACUAUCCAAUCGUCAAACAUGGAUCAAUAGUAUCAGGAUUUAGAGGAAAAUAUUACUACAAUGUGGAAGUUGUAUUUCAGUGUCAUGAUGGUUUUUACCUUCACGGGAGUAGCACAGUUGUCUGCAGUGCAAACGGGACUUGGGAGCCCGAGCUACCAAAGUGUACUACUAAAGCAUAUCCCAAUCCAAGUGAUGAUUUACAGCCUGAAGGUUUUGAAGAUUUAGGUAUUAUUUUGGUUAUAAAUAGCCCUGCAUGA